GGUGAAAUGUGGCCGAAUGAGUAACAAUUUCGUAAUUGGGAGCGCCGCAUCUUAUCAAUGAGCUCAUUAUUUGCUCGAAAACAUAAAGAACGACAACGCUAUCGUUGAACGGAUGUGGUCAUAACAGAAAAGAAAAAUUGUGGAGCCGACACAAUGUGGAAUCGGUGCGUGGUAGAAUGGCUGAAGAAACUGCGGUACGACAUAGACUAUUACGAUGAAGUGCUUCUUCCUUGCGAAUACGAAGAAAUGAACAAUUUGAGUGCUUCGUACGAGAAUCUCUGGGAGUGUUACAGUGAAAAUGCGAAGAAAGUCGCUUUGAAGUAUGGAGAGGUCUGUCGAGUGUCGGUCGUUGUGGACGAGGAGGUGGAAAAUUUGAAAGUCGCGCCGAUUCUCUACGAGUGUUUGGAUCCGGACGAUCUCCCUGAAGAUGUCAUUAUGUGGAAGAAACAUCUAAGACACACUUACUACGGGGAGGACGAAAAUUUUCUCGAGAACGAGGACCUGAUCACCGAUUGCGAAAAUGAGCCGAAACAUUUGGUUGCGAGUGUCAGCAAGCCGGGAAAUUUUCCACUUCCUGAAGAUGAAGAAGUUCAGAUUAGAACGACUGUUAGGAACAUUAAACCGGAGCGACCGAGGACGUACGCGCCAACUUUGACAAAGAAAAAAGAGGACAUCCUCGAGUUUAGGGGCGUCGUUCAUUUAGAAAUCGGCAGAGAAAUCUGCGUCAAAGUCCGCCCCAAAGAAACCCUCCGCACCUACAACGGUGUCCUCCAACUCGUUGAUAGCAAAGGAAUGAGCAAAACCAUACGUAAAAACGUCUCCCUAAAAAGGGGCACGAAGCAAAUCGGCAAAAAAGAACUCGAGAUGAUGGACUGUGAUCGAACGAUCUACCGUCUAGAAUUCGCCACUGCCAAAGAACUAAAAAUCUUCCAAGAAAACGAAAAGUCCUACCACACAAUCCCGUCGACGUCCGCUUUCAAAAACAUAGGCCCAUGGUCACAGUUGCGGAAGCUGUUGAAGAAAAGAUCAAGUAGAGAUCUUUUGGAAUCGAAAGGGAUUCUUAAAAAUGAGCCGAUUUUUGGCAAUACUUUGGAGAAUGUGUGCGAUGUUGAUGAGCAUGUGCCGGAAGUAGUGACGAAGAUUAUUCGGCUGAUUGAAGAACCGACGAACAUCACUAGUGUAGGGUUGUAUAGGACGAGUGCUAAUUUGGCUGUUAUUCAGAAUAUACGGUUUGAGAUCAAUUCUGGGAGGUGGGACGUUUUGGAAAAGCACAAGAAUGAUGUCGAUGUUCUGACGGGGACCUUGAAGUUGUUUUUUAGGGAGCUGAAGCAGCCGCUGAUAUCGUACGAGACGUACCAGCAACUGAAAAAAAGCCUAAUGAAUCCCGACAAUAAAGAAGAAAUCCGCUACAUCAUCGACAGCCUUCCAACCCUCAACCGAUCAACGCUUCUCUUCAUAAUAAAGCACCUUCUCAAAGUCUGUCAGCACAAACAAGCCAACAAAAUGGACCUCCACAACAUCUCUAUCUGCUGGGGUCCGUCUCUAAUUGGCCUCCCCGAAGAGCACUGCACAGAUCUAGUAACUCAAACAACCGAAUUUACAAAAAUCACCGAAGAUCUCCUCACGUUCUACAGCGACAAAAAUUUAGACGAACCCGCAAAGACGCCCGACUUUGCCUACGAAGUGGUCCGAAGACUGACGCAGAUUGUCGAAAACAACAUCGAAGUCGAGGGCAUCUACCGAAAGAGCGGGUCCAAGGCGAAAAUCGAACAAAUGAUGCAAAUGCUGGAAAAACAGAAUCUGACUGAACUAAACAACGGGAAAAACGACAUUCACGAUCUUUGUUGCGUUCUUAAGAAGUAUUUAGCGAAUUUACGAAGAAAGAUCGUUCCUGAUGAGUUUUUCCACCAGUAUUGCGACCUCUGUGAUAAAGUCGAAGAUAGUAUACUCCGUGACGAGGUUCGCCGAAUGGUUGCCGAACUUCCCGGAAAAGACACAGUCCUCCUUCUAUUCGAGCACUUACAAAAAGUGGUCGCGAACGAACGAAAAAACAAAAUGUCAUUGAGUGUUUUGGCGGAUAUUUGGAUGACGACACUUAUAGGAAGCACGAACUUUCAAAAUUACAAGAAAAAAAUGCCGAAAUAUUCAAAAUUGUUUUUAACUUUAUUGAAUCUGAACGAAAAAGUUCUGCCUGAUUUAGUGGCCGACCCGAAAGUGAAGUAUUGGAGCAAAUAUGACAACGUACCUGAUGAUAUUCACAACGAUGCCGAAACGUCGAACGACAGAAUUUUUACCAAAUUGUAAUCCUACGUUACGUAAGUCUGUUAUUUUGUAAUAUUGUUUUAUUUAUAUGAGAUUAAUAAACUGUUGUAUGUA